AUGAAGACCUGUGCUGCCCUCCUUGCCCUUAUCGGCUCUGCCGCUGCUUUCGCCCCUGCCCAAGAGGCACGCAGUUCCACCGCUCUUUCUGAGAAGGCCUUCGCUGAUGCUCUUGGUGCCCAGGCUCCAUUGGGAGUUUUCGAUCCUCUUGGCCUCAUCGAAGAUGGCAACCAAGAACGAUUCGACCUUCUCCGCAUGUACGAACUCAAGCACGGACGUGUCUGCAUGCUUGCCGUCACUGGAUACCUCAUCACAGCCGCCGGAAUUCGAUUCCCUGGUGCUGAGGGCAUCCCUGAUGGUUUGAAGGCUUUCCCCGCUCUUUUCGAGACCGCCAAUGGACAACAAGUUCUUCUGCAAAUGCUUGCUUUCUUCACCGUUGCCGAGAUUGCCAACCGUGAAGCUAGCUGGGCUGGUAUCACGGCUGAAUUCGUUGGUGACCACCGCAACGGAGCCCUUGACUUUGGAUGGGACAAAUACGAUGAUGCCACCAAGAUGAAGAAGCGUUCUAUUGAAUUGAACAACGGACGUGCUGCUAUGAUGGGAAUCUGGGGACUUGUCACUCACGAGAUGAUGGGCAACUCCAUCCUUCCCGGCGGAUACCUUCCAGGACAAUAA